AUGAUGAUGGCCCACAAACUACAGCACGAACGCAAGGACAAGAUGUCCCGAAUCAUGUCGGAAUUUGUCAUAUAUGAAGCCCGAAACACUGUAGGUGGAACUUGGGACGCCAACACUUAUCCAGGCGUGCGUUGCGACGUGCCGAGUCACAUUUAUUGUUUCCCGUUCGAGCCGAAUCCAGAAUGGUCGCACUACUUCUCGACGGGAGAUGAGAUCCAGAGGUAUUUCCAGUCAACAGUCAGGAAGUGGGACUUGGACAAGCAUGUCAAGUUUGACCACAGGGUGGAGGAGGCCAGGUGGUUAGAAGAAGCCGCGCAGUGGAAGCUGGUGGUCCGCCACGGGAACGAGGUAUUUGAGGAUAUGGUCGACAUCCUUAUCUCCGCAAGAGGCUUCCUAUCGACCUGGAGAUGGCCAGACAUCCCGGGGAUCGAUGACUUCGCGGGCAAGAAAGUCCAUUCAGCCGCAUGGGAUCACGCAUAUGAUUACUCUCAUAAGCGGAUAGCAGUUAUAGGGAAUGGUUCUUCGGGAAUACAAAUCCUUCCAGAGAUGACCAAAUUGGAGGGCACUAAAGUCGUCAGCUUCCAGAGAGGUCCUACCUGGGUAGUGGCGAGGCACCAGCCAGCAAAGCUCAUGGGGAGAAACGACCCAGAUCCAAAUCCUCCUUAUACCGACGAAGACAAGCAACGACUCCGCGAUCCAGAAGAGCUAAGGAAGUACCGCAAGCUCAUACAAGGAAAUACGAACAAGAACUUCAAGCUCUUUGUAAAGGAUUCACCGUACAAUGCCGAAAUGACGGAGUUCGCGAGGGACCAGAUGGCGACAGCACUGAACCACGACCCAGAGCUGUGCGAGAAGCUGAUACCAAAGUAUGAGCUAGGUUGUCGGCGAGUCACCCCAGGUAAUGGAUAUUUGAAGGCGUUCACUCAGCCAAACGUCUCGCUCACGAAUAGCGGUAUUACUCGUGUGAGCGAGAAAGGUAUCCAUACCAAUGACGGAGUCUUUCAUCCGGUCGAUGUGAUCAUAUGUGCCACCGGAUUCGAUAUCUCCCAGGUUCCCACGUUCCCAGUCAUCGGGAGAGAUGGUAUUACGCUGGCUGAGAAGUGGAAGGAUGAGCCCGAGAGCUACAUUUCCCUUGCUGCAGCAGACAUGCCAAAUCUAUUCCUAUUUACAGGACCUAAUGCCACGGUCGGUCACGGAUCCUUGAUCUUCUCUCUGGACUGGAGUGCCGAGUGGAUGAUCCGAUGGAUGGAAAAGAUGGCAGAGGAGGAUAUUGCUUCCAUCGUUCCAAAGCAGGAAGUCGUGGAAGAGUUUGUCCGUUAUGGAGACACCAUCCACAAGACCUUGACUUGGACUGGUGGAUGCCGCAGCUGGUAUAAAGCCAAUCGAGUGGACGGAAGAGUAACAGCGACCUUCGCAGGAAGUGCCAUCCUCUACGAGAAGCUCGUCAACGGCCGACUGCGUCCUGAAGACUUCGAUAUCCGCUAUCGAAGUGCAAAUAGGUUCCGCUUCCUCGGGAAUGGUUUCACAGAAUAUGAAUUGGCCGAGGGCAAUGACCUCAGCUAUUAUAUUCCGUAA